AUAACGGCGAUGGGGUGGUUCGGAAAGCCAAGGAUAUCGUUCGGGGUCUUAUUAUGGUAGUCUAUUGGUGUAUCUGGAAAGCUAAGAAUGCAAAUUUUUUCUCUAACGGAAAAGGUUGCAGUGAAGAAAUUUUUGGGGAGGUGAAAGCUUUAGGUUUUCUUUGGCUAAAGUGUAGAUCCAAACAUAAGAAUAUUGUUUGGAGAGAUUGGUGUAUUUCCCCUUUGUAUAUGUUGUAGUUUCGGUCGGUUCGGUCCUGCGUUUUUUUGGGAUCGGCUUGCCUGUUUUUAAUGAAUUUUACCUUCUAAAAAAUUUUUAUAAGCAUAUGACGUGACAGCUGACUUGAGUAUACUUGAGUAUCAGAACAUGCAUUGCAUGCCCUUUUCUUAAUCCGAACUGAAACUUAGGGUUUUAAACAAAACCACAUAGCCGCACAUCAAAACAACAGAAAACAUUACACACGUUCUCACUCUGUCUGCUUUCUGCUGUCUUCCUCCGCCGGACUCACCGGCUCCGUCCCUCCGGCGUCCGCAGUCCGCGCCUGUCAUCUCGAGUAAACCAAUAGAGAGCAAUCUACCCACAAAUUUCCAACGAUGCCGAAAGUUCCGCUUUGGGAUCUGCCUGAACUGCCCCAAAAUCAGCUUCCUCUUCACCUUCAACUCCAGAAAACUCGCGUCUCCUGCAACAACGAUGCUCCAACUAAUACAGAGAAUGUUACUUACUCCGGUGCGUAUGCAGCACUGGGAGUUGAUAACAGCUUAAGGUUGGAUGAAUUUAGGAACAACUUUAAAGUCAAAGUGAUUAAGCUCAAUGAAGAAGAUAUGGAGUUUGAUUUGAUCGGAAUCGAUGCUUCGAUUGCGAAUGCUUUUAGAAGAAUCCUCAUAUCUGAGUUGCCUACUAUGGCUAUUGAGAAAGUUCUUGUUGCAAACAGUUCAUCAGUGGUACAAGACGAAGUACUUGCCCACCGAUUGGGUCUCAUUCCGAUAAAAGUCGAUCCAAGACUGUUCGAUUAUAUGUCAGAAAAUGAUGUCCCGAACGAGAAAAACAGCAUUGUUUUCAAACUCCAUGUCAAGUGUGAGCGAAAAUCCGGUGAACGCCUCACAGUGUACUCUCAUGAUCUCGAGUGGUUACCGUCUGGCAGUGAAUAUGUUUUGCCCACUGAAAAUUCUUCAGAAUCGAAACCGAAAACAUACACGUCAUUUACUUCUAGCCAAGUCUCUUUGCCAGAAUUUGCAAAUAAUCCUAUCACUGUCACUCCUGGUAUCAUUAUAUCAAAACUUGCGCCUGGGCAGGAAAUUGAGCUAGAAGCGCAUGCUGUUAAAGGUGUCGGUAAAACACAUGCUAAGUGGUCUCCAGUUGCCACUGCGUGGUACAGAAUGCUCCCUGAGGUUGUAUUGCUGCAAGAUAUCGAGGACGAGGAUGCCCAAAAACUUGUAAACAAAUGUCCUGUUAACGUGUUUGACAUUGAAGAUAUGGGCAAAGGUGUGAAGAGGGCAACUGUGGCUAGACCGAGAGCCUGUACCCUGUGUCGGGAAUGCAUUAGAGAGCCUGGAUGGGAGGAAAAGGUGGCAUUAAGACGCGUGAAGGAUCAUUUUAUCUUCACUAUUGAAUCAACUGGAGCAUUGCCACCCGAGGUGUUAUUUACUGAAGCUGUCAAGAUUUUAGAAGACAAGUGUGAAAGUGUUAUAACCGAGCUCUCAUAGGCCGAUUCUUCCAGCAUAUUUUUCUUAUAUAAGUUGUGUUAUUCGUGUUACAUUCUUUAAUGAUUUUAGUAUAGUAAACCAUGUUGAGUAUCUGCGUUAGUGAUAGCAUAUCGGGAUUUUUUGGGAUGUAGAUUUUAAGCAAUUUUAUGACCAUCCCAUGGGAAAGUUGUUUAUGGUACCACUUUUUGGUGUCGGUUUUGCGGUAUGUAAGAUGUAAUGUUGAUAAAGUUUUUAAAAA